CACAUUUUGCUGCCGCAGCUGUCGUGGCGCACGCAGGGAGCAGGAGAGGUGCGCUCCUUUCUAUUGGCGGUGACUAUGUCGAGACUGGCGAGGGCUUUUUCCACACUGAUCAGCGGUCAGACGAGCGCGUUUCUCCUCGGCUAACAGAUAAGCCCGGAAUGUUGUCUCCCCUCUUUCUCGCAGCAAGGUCGGUUUCCACAGAACAGUGAGGACGCCGCUCAUUUACCAUGAGCUGUUUGGAUGUUAUGUACCCAGCCUAUGGACAUUACGCACCGUACGCACCGACUGCGACUGCUUUUAUCAGUAGCUUACAGGCUCCCACAGGUCUGAGCAGAACUUCUUCUCACUGCCGGGAUUUUAUGGACACUCCCAGGGGUCCCGAGGGGAUGUCUGGGGGCCCGGGCCCCGGAGGAUCAACUUCCUCCUCGUCUUCAUCCAGUUCUUCCUCAUCCUCCUUCACGCCUGCGGCUUUGAGGCCAGACGAGGGCCCCAAGGAGAAGCAGGAGGCCCCUGAGGCAGAGUAUCUGACUUCUCGCUGUGUCCUCUUCACCUACUACCAGGGGGACAUCAGCAGUGUGGUGGACGAGCACUUCUCCAGGGCCCUCAGCACCUACAUGGAUGGAGAGGGCAAACGGCGGGCAUCAGACCCACAGGGCACAGAUACCCCUUCACCGAGCAGUCGACGAAGCUUCCCCCCUUCCUUCUGGGACAGUAACUACUCCUCGCCUCAGAGUCGCUCCCACUGUGAGACGGGCGCUCCUUCCUAUUCCAUGGACCCAUACGCUUCAGGGUUGCACCCGGGCCUGCCGCACCCACACGCUCACGCUCACCCUCACCCUCACCCUCACCCUCACCCUCACCCACACCCACACGCUCAUCCUCACUCCCACCCUCACCCACCAGAAAGCUGGGCAUAUCCCCAGGCCCAGGCCUACGGACCCCCGAGGCCUCUCCACGAACUGUACUCAACGUCUGCUUUGGAGCCCCACUAUGGGCCCCUGCUCAUGCCCACGGUGAGGCCACCUCAUCUCCCUACCUUGCCAAGCCACUACGAGGUGAGCAAGCUGGAGCCCACUGCAUCCUGGCCGAGCCUGCUUCAACCUGCAGAUGUCAGCCAGUCGCUGGCACUCAACAUGGAUGCAGGCCUCCAGCAGCACAAGAAAGGCAAGGAGCUGUACUGGUUCUAACGAGCCCUUCAGUCACAUUGACCAGCUAUUACCAGAUCCAAUUAGUCCCUGGACCUGCUCCGCUAUUGAGGCAGCGUGUCCCUUUAUCCCCCCCCACCCCCCCACUUCCUCUCUCUCUGUCUCACACACACGCACACACACACACACACACACACACACACACAUACACAUACACAAACACAUGCACACACUCCAGCCCCAUCCAUCCACCCUCUCCUCUCUCUGCUCCUGGCCUCCCCUGCCAGUAUACAGCCUUGCUCCAGGUCGACGUGUGUGCACCAUGGAGAUAAAGCAGAGCAAGGGACAGAAAGGGAAGAGCGAGAGAGUGUCACUGGCUAUAAUCUGUGCUGUUACUCGCAUCUCUCUCUCUCUCUCUGUCUCUCUCUGUCUGUCCCUUCUCUCUCCUGACGCUGCCGGUGCAGCACAGACCUUGGCGAGGUGCGAGCCACAGUGACCUGUUUGGACUGAGACAGACAGGAUCACAACAGACUUUUGCAGAGGACAGAGAGAUAGAGGGAUGAAUGUGGGGACUAGGGGAUGGAUAGUGGCGAGCAGGGAUUCCCUCCAACGUCCCUGGUUAUCUCUGUCUCAUGCUCUUUGUUGGUACAGUGGUCGUCAUCAUCCACUUAUCUGCAUCGCACAAAUGCAACACGCGGCGAUAAACAGGAGCACCAAUUAUGGUGGGCUGUGCUUUGUGACUGUCGUCAUGAUGCCUUUUUUUUUUUGGUUGUUAUGAUUUCAUUUUGUCCUCUGAAAUAAAGUGUUUCUAUUUAUUGGUGUUUAUGUGCAUUUCUAAAAAUGUUUGGUUAGGCCAGUGUUCCGAAAAAUGAUCGUGAUUCAGUUUAUUUUGUUUUCUAAAGAGAGUGUGUAAACGGAGGGGUUUCUCAUGUAUGUAUGAUGGAGUCUUUUGUGGACAAUAAAGGUCAAAAACAUGUGAAAAGUGUGAUCAGGUCAACAAGUUUUGUCGUUGUUGUUGUUGCUCUGAACAGACGCAGAGAUUGUGUUUCACUGUGAUGAUGUUACACUGAAGUCCUCCGUGUCGCUCUUGGAUGUUUUGAAUUUGGACUUCAAAUAUUUAAUACUUUUGAAUUUUUACGUGUGUGUGUCAGUUCUCAAAUUUGUGUCUGAGAAGAUUGUGAUGUCAAUAAAUAUUUUUAUGGUAAACUGCC